CACAAGCGACAGCUUAUCGUAAUUCCAUCUCUGUCCUGCUGACUGGAUUGUUCGAGACGACCUAACGUCGUUCCUGUUCAUUCAUAACGGGAAACGAGAGCUGGAGGAGAGGCUUGUUUUUCCAUUAAAGUUGGCCUAUCCCUAUCCCGCAUUUGCUGUCACGUCUUUUUUUACUGCGAGGAAACGAGUGUUUUUCUGCUCUUCGUGUAUUAACGUCCCACCCGCCUCACACCGAACAGCAACAUUAUUCCCCUCUGCUACCACACGAGGAAACAAAGAAACGCAAUUUUUCUCAUCGCUGCCCUACAUCAAAAUUUUCUUCGGGAUUUUUCGUUCCCAUCGUAACAAUUUGCCUAAAGUACAAAAUUGUAGCUAAAUUAUUUUAAUUAUAAGGAGUAAAAUCGACGCGAUAGCUGGAAAUUUUGACUGAACAAUUUAAGGUGAGCGAGAGGUUUCCGAAUAUUAUAAGACACGCGUGUGUGUAAAAAGCAGAAAAACAAGCCAGAAUCAUGGAGGUUAUCAACGAAAAUCAAAAAGGGGAAAACACGCCUGCUAAAGCAACCGAAGAACGCGGCCAGCCCACUGCAGAACGCACCGAUCUGUCCGGCAUCGAAACCUCCGAAAAGGAUGAAAAGUUGGUAGCUAAUCUGCGCCAGCAGAUUCCGAACAUCGAUAACAUCUUCAGCAUCCACAGGAAAAUUGGUCACGGCACAUUUAGCUCGGUGUUUCUGGGUACGCUGAAGUGUCACGAGCGAUUGCCAGCGGAAAAACGUAAGCUCUUUGCCAUCAAACACCUGGUCCCCACUAGUCACCCGAGUCGCAUCGAACGGGAACUACGUUGUAUGAUGCAGAUCGGUGGAGCUUGCAAUGUAGUCGGUGUUGAUUUGUGCCUCCGACGUCAGGAAUCGGUGGCAUUUGUGAUGCCGUUUAUUGCUCAUGACCAGUUUCAUGUGUACUAUGACAAAAUGAGUCCGGCAGAGACUCAGGUUUACUUGAAAAAUCUGUUGAUCGCCUUGAAACGGGUUCAUGAAUUUAAUGUUAUCCAUCGGGAUGUUAAACCAAGCAACUUCCUGUACAAUCGUAAGCAGCAGACAUUUCUGCUGGUGGAUUUCGGUUUGGCACAGGAAAUAAGCAAUAGCCGGGUUACUCGGGAAGUUGGAGCCGGGGCAACAGAGGAUAAGACUGGGAAAAGACGCCUUUCGGGUGUUACGGCUGAAGAAGAAAAUAAGCGCAGUUCUGAUGCUAUAGUGCAGCAACAGAAGAAGGUAAAACUACACGAUGACAACAUGGAAAAUAGUACAACUCAUACCGGCGGUGCCGAACAGGAGGAAACCGCCUCACAGCAGGCACAGCCGGUGUUCAAAACACCACUGAAACAAUCUAAUCAAAUCAUCUCCCCGAUGAAACUCUCGAAUAUCACGAAAGAUCUGUACAGUUCACCGUUGGUGCGCCAAAUCAAGUCAACUGUGCUGGGCAUUAGCAGCAACAUGAAGGCAGCACAGCGUCAACAGCAAAGCAGAACUAGUAAUCUAUCUGCGGUUGCACCAAUCCCUCCGAAAACGGCCAACGGUGGCUCAAGGACUCAACAAUACAAUACAUCUUCAUCGGUUAGUUCUGCAGCCAAACUGGAUGCUUUAUGCAAGUGCUUUGGAAAAAGCCAGGUUUGUAACAUCUGUUUGGUGAAGAAAGAGAUGCAAGCAUCACGCGCUGGAACUCCAGGCUACCGUCCGCCAGAGGUCCUAUUGAAGUAUCCCGACCAAACCACCGUUGUUGACAUUUGGGCCGCUGGUGUGAUGUUUAUAAGCAUUCUAUCGCGGUGCUAUCCUUUCUUCCAGAACUCGGACGAUUUUCACUCUCUAGCCGAGAUUGUCACAAUUUUCGGAGAUCAGCGCAUCAAAAAGACUGCUAACAUACUGGGACGUCAUGUUAAGACUGCCCAACGGAAGCAACCGUUGGAUCUGCGGAAACUCUGCUUGCGUCUGCGUUUCCGCUUUCGACGUCUCCGUGCUCGCCAACAACAACAGCAGCAAAUGCAUGAGGAAGAAGCUGCCACCACCUUUGCCAACAGCUGUGACAACUGUCAGCAGCGUUUGGCUGAGUGUCUCUGCGAGCAUUCCGAAGCCAAUAGGGAUUUUUCGGAAGAUGAGUACUCCGACAGUGCCUACGAGCUGCUGUACAAACUGUUGGAAAUCAAUCCGCACAACCGUAUCUCUGCUGAAGAAGCCCUAAAGCACCCAUUCUUCCAGGAAACCUUCUAAAAGGCUCGAGAGUGGAAGAGACAAAAAAAAGUAUUAAAUUUUAUAAAAAAGCGAUCUCCGAAAGAAGCGAGAACAACAAAUGCCAACAUUCUUUGCGAAUAAAUUCUAAUUUAGAGGAAACAAAAAAAAAUUAAUGUCGUAGGUCAAAUUAGUAGAACAGAAUGUUUCUUAUAAAGAUCUUAGAACAAUGCACUUGUUCUUGUAGAAUGAGACUAAAUUCAAUGUGGGUGUGUAAUUUGUUUAAUUUAUUUAAAUUGAUUCUAAACUAUUUAUUAUAAAAAAAAGGCAACCUGAAUGUGUACUCUGUGAAGAAGAAAACAAAAUGCGUCAAACUUUUAUAAAAUUGAGAUGGCGAGGACUGAAAAUUAACAACGCUCUAGGAAUAUAACCUGACGCGGAAGAAAUUAGCUUCUAAGCUAAAUUUAACACAAGAGGCAAUAAAUGUAACGAACAGAAAAAUAA